CAGCGCGGCGGGCCCCCCAGUCCACCUCAGGCACGCGGGGAGCCAUGACGUCCACGGAGAAGCUCUCGAGGCGCUAUGACUCCCGGGACAAUUUUCACGGCGGCUCGGACGGCGGGAAGUACGGCGGCAAGGAGUCCAAGUACGACGAGCCGCCCCACUCGCGGCUAUUCAUCGUGUGCGGCAAGUCCAUCACGGAGGAGGACUUCCGCGAGAGUUUCUCCAAGCACGGGACCAUCGAGGAGAUCUGGGUGGUCAAGGACAGGAACACGGAGGAGCCCAAAGGUGUGACAUAUAUUAAGUUCUCUAAAACAUCUGAAGCAGCGACUGCAAUGGAAGAGAUGAAUGGGCGGUGUAUUGGAGGCCACCCAAGACCCCUCAAGGUUCUCAUCGCACACAGUCGUGUCAUUUUUGGCAGCCGUGACCAGGGGUCGCGGAGAGACAUGAACGAGGAGGAGCGGCUGCUGCGGCUCUUUGUGGUGGUGCCUAAAUCUCUGUCAGAGGCUGAGCUGCGGGAACACUUUGUACAGUUUGGCGACAUAGAUUAUGUCUCCAUCGUGCGUGACCGCAACACCAGGGACAGCAAGGGAUUCGCCUACGUUAAGUACCACAGAAUGUCACAUGCAGCCAAGGCAUUUGAAAGUUGCGACCGCUCUUUCAAGCCAGUUUUUGCUGACCCCAAACCCCAGAAAAGUGAUGGCAUAAAAUUUGAUGGGGGUGGCCGGGGGGACAUACGGGGAGAACUGAGAGGCAGCGAGGCAGGCUAUGGGGGGUACUCUUCAGGACCCAUCACCCCACACAUCAACAACCACCACUCCCCCUUCGAUGCUAUUUCAUACAUGGACACAAGUGGGCUAAACCCCGAGGGUGUGACGCGGCUGACUGUUAUUGCCUCGCCCACCCUCAACCAGGACCAGCUCUGGAAGUUGUUUGACCUUAUCCCCGGUCUUGAUUACUGCGACCUGAGGAAAGACCACAAGUCUGGUCAGAUGGUUCAUCAUCAGGCUCGAGGUGUUGCCACCGUGGUGUAUAACAAUAUCCAGUCUGCCACCUAUGCCAAGGAAAAGCUGCAUGGCUUUGAGUACCCCCCAGGCCAGAGGCUCAUUGUCAAGUUUGACUCACGCCAUGACAUACCACCAGGCCCACCCCCCAUGAUGACAGGUGCCCCAGGAGGUCCUCCUUAUGCUGGACUACCACGAGGUGUGUCGGGUGCCCUGGUCCCUCACAAUGGCACCAUGGGUAGCAGUCCUCCCAGUGCCCUCACCACUGCUCCUCCAGCUCUCUCUGGUGGUGGUCAGCCUAACAGCAAUAUACAACAGAACCUCGCUCAGCUUGCUGAGACCAUCGCCCAGGCCACCUCCCUUAUCCAGGCUGCAGGGCUAAAUCAAGGUCAGAGCACAGUCAACAACAUAGGAGGCAGUCCAGGUCAGCUUGCCAGUGGGGAGACUUAUGACCCAUCCUACUGCUCCGUCAAGCUACCUCCCCCACAGCCACUCGCACCAGUGGACUCUGCAGUUGCUGAGAGGCUCUUCAUCGUGUGCCAUCCUUCACCUCCUCCCAUCUAUGCACUCAAGGACGUUUUUGGUAGAUUUGGAAAUCUGAUCGACAUCUACAUGUUGAAUGGCAAGACUUUUGGGUAUGCUAAAUACUCCUCCAAAGACUCCGCAGACAAGGCCAUUGUGGUGUUGCAUGGCCAAGAGGUGCUCGGCUCCAGGCUGAAGGUAAUGGAGGCCGACCCCCAUGACAAGGCAGACUCUGGACGGAAAAGACUUCGCAUUGACGACCAGAGUUGAGUCAGCCCAAGGCAGAGCAGCAGCGUGUUGACAUCGUGACUACGCGGACCUUACCACGGACAGUUACGGACAGCCAACACAGCGACCUAAAACUACCCUAACCACUCAACGGUCCAAUGAACCAAUCCCCUGUUACCUUAGACAACCAACAACAACUUAUGUUUCCAGAGACUCUCAACACUUGCGUACUAAACUAGUAAAGACAUACCCUUCUGAGGCAGUGCUGUACUUGUGACUACACACAGGUGACUGUAUCACACAUGAGUGGUGAUGCGUAGGGAAUUACUUAUGCAUGACAAUAUUUUUUUAUUUUCAUAAUUUUUUAAGUAGCUCGGAUAGUUACCAAGCAAAGCAAAAUUUGUUUUAUAAUGGUAAGCCUUUAUGUGUGAUGAAAACUAUUGCUGUAUAGUGAUUUAAUUAAUGGUAGUGUAACCACCUAAAAAGUAAUGUUCAAAUUUCAGAAUGUGAGUGUAGUGUGUCACUGCAUUUUGGCAAUGUGUAUAGGAUGGCACAUUUUAUAUUUUGGAAAUUUGAUAUGGUACACACCCUUCAGUAUUAGUGUUUGAACUAAUAUCCAUGCAGAUGUUGGUUUUCUAUAUUUGUUGAUUUUGCAGCUGUUACAGAGGCCACUACUUUGAAUAGUUCUUGGAUCACAAGUUGUUGCCAGAUGUAAACACUGCAUUGCCUUACAUGACAGGUAGAAUUACCUCAUUUUGAUGCAUCUGGGCAAAAAUCACCAAUAUUAGGUAUUGAUAUAUUCACUGUAGGCUUUGCAAUCAGUGGCAGUUUUCAUUGGCCAUACAAGAUAAUUCAGAACUUGAUCUUUGAAAUGAAUCUGCUGCCCUCCACUAACAGAUAGGAGAAUGAACAUACCAGCCAGAUCUGCAUCACCCAAGAACCAUUCAGGUGUGAUUUUCCUGUUGAGCCUCACAUUCCAUUUCUAUCUGUUAAUCAUAGCUCUGAGUAGGAGACUUUAGCUGUUGAUGCCUUACAUGGCAGACUGAAUACAGAAUAUGUAAUGUUACAUAUUGGACAUUUGACUUUGUUAAGGAUUAUAUUUUUUUCUCCACGAAGUAAAGUAUGGAUGGAACAUUUGAUAAAAGUUAAGAGGUAAGCUUUUGUUACCAGUGUUGUGCUAGAUCAGAAAUUUUUGUUAAACCAUAACUAAAUUCGUUUUUGCUAAGCAACUUUUUACAUUAUUCUGCAUGAUGUAAAUAAUUAUUCAAAAUUUGUUUUGUUGUAAAUGUAUAUGCUAAUUCAGCAAUUUGACAUUAACUAAUACUAAUUGAAAAUUAUGUAAUCCAGAGAUGUAUAAUGGAUAGUUUAAGCAGCCCACAGUAGUUGAAAAAAGACUUUGUAAGACAGAAGACAGACUUUAGAACGGACAUCUGACAACAGGUUAAUACAUCAGAACCCAAACAGAAACAGAACUUGAUGAGGUACAGAUGUCUUCACCAGUUUGUUCUGGUAGGUGCAUUAGACAUUAUGCUGGCACCAUUUGGUUUUGUUUUGCCCCAAUGAAGGCUACCUCAUGCCAGGAGUCUCUUGGUGGUAGGUGUUUAUAGCAUCAUGUAUCAUUUAGUUUUCAGUGUUAGGGUUCUGGCUUUCUGACCUGCAGUAGACCCAACAGUACGACGAAAGCAGUGUGCCGGACGCUGACUGGGAUGGGACAAGAGGCAGUGUCACUGCCUUAUGUCCAGCACAGCUGUUCUGAUGGAGGCUGGCUCAGGCUGGAUCACCUGUACCUGUUUGGGAACUAAGUCAUUGUUCAACUGUUCCAAAUGAUGGGGCUGUAAGUCCUUGAAAAAUUAUUUAUGUAUAUAUUUAUUCACUUGGUGAGAAAGCCAGUAUUUAUUCUUGGCCACCAAAGGUGCACAAAUAUAUGAAGUAAAAGUUAGUACAAUUGCAUUACCAUGAAGCUGCAGAAUAUCCGUGUUCAUGUGUCUGACGGGAAAAUGUGAGAAAUUUUAUUUGCUCCAAGCUUGGUUGUGUGUUUGAUGCCGAUGUAAAUAGUUGUUUUUAUAGUAUGUCUUUUGUUUAAUACUUGAGUAAUGGCCAGCCAACAAAUAUGCAAAUACUAGGAUAAAGUGUUAGUUAUGUGUGUGGUAGGCUGAGUCAAACUACCAUUUCAUAUUUUUUUGGAUGAUUCCACAUAUUUUCACAUAUACAAUAAGGCUUAUAUUUACAUAACAUGUAAAACAAACAAUACAAAUAAUAAACAA